CAGAUGCUACCCGCACCGUUAUCUCUGAUUUUCUCUAUUUGUACAGGAAUUUUAUUUUAACCUUUAGCAUCUCCUCUCUAACGCAAAUAGGUUUGCAACUACUACGGUUACCAUCUUGAUUUAUACAUUCCACGGGAUGCCGAGGUUGUACGGAAAACUAUUUUUACUAGCCGAAUUGCUCGUGUUCGCACACGAUUCUACCGCACUUUACGAGAAGCUCAAUUUUACCAAGAUCUUCGAGACCAACUUGCGCAACAAUCUUCCCGUUUUACGAGACCUUUCUUAUCUACCGGAAGAAUACAACAAUGAAGAAUUCCAAAGACCAAAAGAUUUUGGAGAACUCGACCGGCAGAAUAGAAAUUUAAUGCCUGAAUAUCGAAACCUCUGCGAAACUGUGACCAGAAAAGUAGAGUUCAACGAUGAAAAUUACGAGUAUCAACCGCCUCAUUAUCACGAAGUCUAUUGCAAGAGUUAUUCGCUUCUCGAUCGAGCAUCUGAGCGAGCAACGAGAUCAUCCAAACAGAAAUGCGCGCAUCCUGGCUUUCAUUGCGUACAAAGGAGUAGGACCCUCUUCUUAGUCAGACGCGCCUGGGACAGCGAUUGUUGGGAACCUUUCACCAAAGAAAUUGCUGGCGGUUGCGACUGCAUGUGGCCGGUCUCUCUACUCGGUGAUAUCGCUGCUCAUUAUUAAUUUUCAUCAAUGAUGAAAA